GUGCGCUGGCGUUCGGCUGCGCGGGAGUUUUGGAAGUCGGCGGCGGCGGCUGUGGUCCCUGAUAUGUGCAACAAUGGACCAGAAAAUUUUAUCUCUAGCAACAGAAAAAUCAGCAGACAGACUACAGGAAUUCCUUCAAACCCUGAGAGGAGAUGAUCUGGCUGAUCUCCUGCAGAAUCAGGCCUUGAAGGGAAAGGCUGCCGGAGCCCUCCUGAGAGCCAUCUUCAAAGGUUCCCCCUGCUCUGAGGAGACUGGAGCUCUUCGGAGACGCAAAAUAUACACUUGCUGCAUCCAGUUGGUGGAAUCGGGGGAUUUGCAGAAAGAAAUAGCCUCUGAGAUCAUAGGAAUACUAAUGCUGGAGGCUCACAAUUUUCCAGGACCUUUGUUGGUUGAAUUAGCCAGUGAGUUUGUUGGGGCUGUCAAGGAGGGCAACCUAAAGAAUGGAAAAUCGCUGGAGUUACUACCUGUCAUUCUCUCUGCCCUUGCUACCAAAAGGGAAACUAUAACUUACGAAAAAGGUGAACUGAAUGGAGAAGAAUGUAAGAAGCAGUUGAUUAACACCCUCUGUUCUGGCAGAUGGGACCAGCAAUAUGUAAUCCAGCUCAUCUCCAUGUUCAAGGAUGUCCCCCUGACUGCAGAAGAGGUGGAAUUUGUGAUUGAAAAAGUGUUGAAGAUGUUCUCCAUGCUUAAUCUUCAAGAAAUACCACCUUUGGUCUAUCAGCUUCUGAUCGUCUCCUCAAAGGGAAGCAGAAAGAAGGUUUUGGAAGGAAUCAUAGCUUUCUUCAAUGAGCUGGAUAUGCAGCAUAAUGAGGAACAGAGUGGUGAUGAGCUGUUGGAUCUUGUUACCAUGCCAUCAGGUGAACUGCGCCAUGUGGAAGGCACCGUUAUUCUACAUAUUGUGUUUGCCAUCAAGUUGGACUGUGAACUAGGCAGAGAACUCCUGAAACACUUGAAGGCUGAACAGCAAGGAGAUUUCAGUAAUAAUAUAUGUCCCUUCAGCAUUGCCCUCCUGCUCUCGGUAACGAGAAUACAAAGAUUUGAGGAACAGGUGUUUGACCUUUUAAAGACUUUGGUUAUAAAAAGCUUUAAGGAUCUUCAGCUUCUCCAAGGAUCAAAAUUUCUACAAAAUCUAGUCCCUCAUAGAACGUGUGUUUCAGCCAUGAUCUUGGAAGUGGUAAAGAGUAGUGUUCAUAGUUGGGAUCAUGUCACUCAGGGCCUUGUUGAACUUGGCUUCAUUUUAAUGGAUUCAUAUGGACCAAAGAAAAUUUUUGAUGGAAAACCAAUAGAACCCAAAAUGCCAAACCAGCAGGCAUGUAAGCUGGGAGCUAAUAUCCUGUUGGAGACUUUUAAGAUCCAUGAGAUGAUCAGACAAGAAAUUCUGGAGCAAGUCCUCAACAGGGUUGUUACCAGAACAUCCUCUCCCAUCUGCCAUUUUUUAGACCUGCUUUCAAAUAUCAUCAUGUAUGCACCUUUAGUUCUUCAAAGUUGUUCUUCUAAAGUCACAGAAGCUUUUGAUUAUUUGUGCUUUCUGCCCCUUCAAACUGUGCAAGGGCUACUGAAGGCAGUGCAGCCCCUUCUCAAAGUCAGCAUAUCAGUGAGAGACUCCCUGAUACUUGUCCUUCGGAAAGCUAUGUUUGCCAGCCAGCUUGAUGCCAGGAAGUCUGCAGUUGCUGGGUUUUUGCUACUCCUGAAGAACUUCAAAGUCCUAGGCAGCUUGUCGUCCUCGCAGUGCAGUCAGUCUAUCGGGGUCAGCCAGGUGCACGUGGACGUUCACAGCCGCUACAGUUCUGUUGCCAAUGAAACAUUUUGCCUUGAGAUCAUGGACAGUCUGAGAAGAUGCUUGGGCCAGCAGGCUAAUGUCCGACUCAUGCUUUAUGAGGGCUUCUACGAUGUCCUUCGAAGAAACUCUCAGCUAGCUAAUUCAAUCAUGCAGACCCUGCUCUCACAGUUGAGACAGUUCUACGAGCCAACGCCCGAUGUGCUGCCUCCUCUGAAAUUGGAAACUUGUGUUCUCGCCCAGGGAGAUCAGAUCUGUCUACAAGAACCGCUGGAUCAUCUGCUGUGCUGUGUGCAGCACUGCCUGGCCUGGUAUAAGAGUAGGGUGAUACCCCUGCAGCAGGAGGAGGUGGAGGAAGAGGAGGGAUUCUACCAGGAUUUAGAUGACAUUCUGGAGUCGAUUACUAAUAGAAUGAUUAAGAGUGAACUCGAAGACUUUGAACUGGAUAAAUCAGCAGAUUUUUCUCAGAGUUCUGCUACUGGCAUCAAAAAUAAUAUCUGUGCUUCUCUUGUGAUGGGAAUUUGUGAGGUCCUAAUAGAAUAUAAUUUCUCUGUUAGUAAUUUCAGUAAGAGUAAAUGUGAAGCGGUUUUGAACUUAUUUAUGUGUUACAAGAAACUCUCGGACAUCCUUAAUGAAAAAACUGGUAAAGGCAAAAUCAAAACAGCCAACAAAACAAAUGAUAGUUUUCUGUCCCUGAAAUUCGUGUCUGAUCUGCUCACCGCUCUCUUUAGGGACAGUACCCAAAGCCAUGAAGAGAGCCUGUCUGUCCUGAGGGCCAGCAGUGAGUUCAUGCGCUAUGCAGUGAGCGUGGCUCUGCAGAAGGUGCAGCAGGUCAAGGAAACCGGGCAUGUGGGUGGCCCUGAUGGCCAAAACCCAGAGAAGGUCUUUCAGCACCUCUGUGACAUCACCCGGGUCUUGCUGUGGAGAUACACUUCAAUUCCUACUUCUGUGGAGGAGUCGGGCAAGAAAGAGAAAGGGAAGAGCAUCUCGCUGCUGUGCCUGGAGGGGCUACAGAAGGUCUUCAGUGCCGUGCAGCAGUUCUAUCAGCCCAAGAUCCGGCAGUUCCUCGGGGCUCUGGAUGUCACAGAUACGGAGGCAGAAGAGGCAGAAGUGGACGUCACGCAGAGAGCAGCAUUCCAGAUCCGCCAGUUCCAGAGGUCCCUGUCGAACUUGCUUAGCAGCCAGGAGGAAGACUUUAACAGCAAAGAAGCUGUCCUGCUCGUCAGUGUUCUCUCCAACCUGUCCAAGCUGCUAGAACCUUCCUCCCCUCAGUUUGUGCAGAUGUUGUCGUGGACAUCGAAGAUCUUCAAGGAAAAUAGCCGCGAAGACGCCUCCUUCUGCAAGGGCCUGAUGAACUUGCUCUUCAGCCUCCAUGUUCUGUACAAGAGCCCCGUCGCCCUGCUGCGCGACUUAUCCCAGGACAUCCACGGGCACCUGGGCGAUGUAGACCAGGAUGUAGAAGUGGAGAAGACAAACCACUUUGCAAUGGUGAACUUGAAAACAGCCGCCCCCACCGUCUGUGUACUUGUUCUGAAUCAGGCUGAGAAGGUCCUAGAAGAAGUGGACUGGCUAAUCACCAGGCUUAAGGGACAAGUCCUGUCAGAGUCCUCUCUUCAGGCGCCAGCCCAGCUCGCAGAGAAAGCCAUCAUCAUACAGCUGGGCACUCUGCUGACAUUUUUCCACGAGCUGGUACAAACAGCUUUGCCAUCGGGCAGCUGCGUGGACACCUUGUUGAGGGACCUGUGCAAAAUGUACACCACACUUACGGCCCUUGUCAGAUAUUAUUUCCAGGUGUGUCAAUGCUUUGGAGGAAUUCCAAAAAAUAUGGAAAAGCUGGUGAAGCUGUCGGGCUCACAUCUGACCCCUCUGUGCUAUUCUUUCAUUUCUUACGUGCAGAACAAGAAUGGCAGCGUAAAAUACACGGGAGAGAAGACCAAGGAGAACACUGCUGUUGCCACAGCCAUGGCCAGAGUUCUUCGGGAAACCAAGCCCAUCCCGAAUCUCAUCUUUGCAAUUGAACAGUAUGAAAAGUUUCUCAUCCACCUCUCCAAGCGGUCCAAGGUGAACCUGAUGCAGCACAUGAGGCUCAGCACCUCACGGGACUUCAAGAUCAAGGGGAACAUCCUGGACGUGGUUCUUCGAGAGGAAGAGGAGGAGGAUGAGGGCGCUGCGUCAGAGCAUGGGGAACAGAACAAAGAACCAGCCAAGAAGAAAAGGAAGAAAUGAAAUGCCUGAGUUAUGUGAACUUUGGGGCUCCUGCUUUCUUUUUUAACCUUACAAGUCACCUCGCCCCUGGUCCUGCUGCCUACACCACGUUGGCAUCUUGGUUCUGAACCCGUUGAACUCAGCUGCACCUUGCCUUGCCCUGGAGGCCGCCGUUCUUGGCAGGUCCUGCCACGGAGAGACGGCCGGCCUUGGGCAAGCCCUUUUGCAAAAAAGCACAGCUGAAAGCCUGAGUUUGGGAGCCUGCGCCGCCCCACGAAGCUCCACGGGAGCAAAUCCGGCGCCUCUGGGCAGAGCUAUGGUCCAGACUGGCUGCGUCUUUCCAAGGAGCCUUUGGUGAGUUCGAUUAUCUGGUAAAUAUCCAGCGCUUCACCUGAAAGACAGGGCAGCUUGGUCAGGCCGCUCCCCCCGUCAUGCCUUGGCUCAGGAAGGAGGGUGCAGGUGACGUUAGCUUUGAGAGGGUCUGGUUUGUUUUUUUUUUUGGUAGAAAAUAAGCUUUCUGAUUUGUUUGGCAUUUAAGCACUUUUUUUUUUCCACCUAAGAGUACACUGAAUACAAUAAAAUCCUGUCAGCACUACUCGUGGUGUGAUCUGAGGAGGAAAAGGGACAGAGGGCGCACUUGCAGC